AUGGCCACUGCAUCGCCGUUCGACCAUCUGCCGGAUGAGAUCAUUCAUCAGAUCCUCCAGUAUCUGGCUCCCGAGCAGACCUUGGCCGCCAUACCCCGUCUCUCCCGCCGCUUCCACCGCAUCGCCCAGACGCCCUUGCUCUGGAGGUACUACUGCGAGACCACCUUCAAAUACUGGCAAUCCGACCAUGACAUCCGCGGAAAGCUGCGCAACAAGUCGUCCCACGUCGACUGGAAGGCCCUGUUCACCCUGCGCCUGUCCCGCAACCGCCGCAUCGCCGACCUCGUCGACGGCAUCGUCGCCUCGCGCGUCUCCAGACUGCAGAAGACCGAGGAGAUCUGCCAGUACGGCUACGACGCCAAGGACUACCUUCUGAGCCAGUGCAGGAUCGACGACGACGUCGACGACGUCCUGGCACGCCGCUACUACUCCUGCAACGUCCUCGACAGCAUCCAUCGCAGUCUCGCCAUCGAGGAGUGGGCCAACUACCAGAAGUACGCAUGCCGCAUCGACGCGGCCAACAUCACGACCACCGAUCGCCUGCGCUGCGGCAUGAGGCUCGAGCGCGCCCUGGGCGCCUUUGACAUGUUCGUGCUCCACGACAACGACGGCGACAUGGACGAGAUCUCGGCCCUGCUGGACGGCCUGAUCGACCAGUUCCGCCGCAUCCACCACGACGUCAACCACAUGACGACGCGCCAGAAGUCCGUCGCCCUCGCCGCCUGGCUGCACUCGAACAACAUCACCGGCCUGGAGAACGAGUCCGAGACCUACCGCUACCUGCGCAACUGCCUCAUAGGCCGCGCCCUGAAGGACGACCAACAUCCAUCCCUGCCCAUCAUAUCCGCCGCCAUAUUCUCGGCCCUGGCCGAGAGGAUCGGCGUCGAGGCCUACUGCUGUGCCCUGCCGAGCCAUGUGCAUGCCAUCGUGCUUUCACCGAACGGCGUUUCCCUGGACGGCCAGUCGAUCCCCGACGACCAAGAACAGCAGCAGAGGAUGUUCCUCGACCCCUAUAACUCGGAUUGUGAGGUCUCUCUCGACCACCUCCACACCUUCCUGUACCGGCUUGGCGCGAAUCUCAGCAGAGACACCAUGCUGGUACCUACUGCUACUGACUUGAUCGUCAUGCGGACCGCUCAGAACAUCCGGGCCUCCUUCACCAGUUUCCGCACCAUCGAGCGACCCGUAGCCGAACUCAUCCCCCUGAUCGAGCUCCGCCACGGCGACUGGGCCCGCAAUCUUCAGCCUGCCCUCUACAGCAUGAUCUGGGCUAGUAUCAUGAUGGUGCCGGUCCUGCCCGACAACGAGGACGUGCGCUGGGAUUGGCAGCAAGACGUGAGAGACCUGCUCACCUACUUUUACGAAUACUUCCCAGAAGACGCAUGGCUCGUGGAGAAGUACGUAUGCCCCAUGUACGACACAUUUGCCGCCCCCGGGCGACGACAAAACGCCUGGGAACUGCCAUCCAAGCGCGUAAGGGAUCAAAUCAAGAAUAUCCGCCAGCUGGACUCAUCUGAGAGGGCGCCGCGUCGUCGGAGCGAUCUCACAAGUCCAGUGCCCGUCAAGCACCGCAUUGGUCAGGUCUUCAAGCACAAACGCUAUGACUAUCACGGUCUCAUCCUGGGCUGGUCCGUUGACGGUGUGAGUGAAUCGAUGGGCUGGGAUGGUGACAACAGGGUCUGGUCCAGCAACCAGAGCGCCCAGCCGUUCUACCGCUGUAUGGUCGGCACUGACGGGUCCGACCACCACGUUAUAGCCGAGGACAAUAUGGAGAUUCUUGAUCUACGGGGCGGCGCGGAAUUGCCCAGAGAGAUCCGAGAUCUCAUUCCGAUGGCGGGCAAGUUCUUCAAGCGCUACGAUAAGGAGCAGGGUGUCUUUGUCAGUAACCUGCGGGAGCUGUUCCCCGAGGACUAA